AAGCUUGUAUACUCUUCAUUUGUUCCAUAGCACACCGCACAUAUCGCGAAAUUGUUUAUAUUUUUAAAUCGAAAAUGCCAAAAGAAGACUGCAAAUACUGGGACAAGUGCUACCAGCGUAAUCCCGCACAUUUAUCCAAAUACAAUCAUCCAGAGAAGCCGGCUGAGAAAAAAGAAGACUGUGCAGAAGACAGAAAAGUGGCGCCAAAAAGAUGUGCAUCCUCGCAGUCGGAGGACACGGAGAAGGACACUCCCAGCAAGUCGGAGGACAAGGAUGAGCCCAAUGCAAGCAACUCCAGUGCAGACGUGGAAAACGAGGAGGAGGCCAAGGGCAGUUUUGAAUCGGAAACAGCGGAGCUUCACAAGGAGGCCAUGAGCAACAUAUCCGGGAAGAACUACAUGGAGAUCCUUGAAAAGCGCAUUCGGCUGUCCGUGCAGAAGGAGUACGACAAUCUCUGCGAGUCCAAUGAGUUCAUCAGACACAAAUUCCUUGUCGAAAUGCCCCCAGACUUCUAUGAGUUCUGGAAGUUCGUGGGAAGCUUGAAAACCGAUCCUGCGAAGCCCAAAGAUGCAGGGUUGGAGCACCUGGACAAAGUAUUCCAACUGCAGUUGGUGGGGCCCUUUGAGUUCCUUGCCGGCAGAUUCCACGGCGCCAAACUUGGCGAACCGGGAGACUAUCUGCGCCACUGGCGCUUUUACUACGAUCCCCCAGAGUUCCAGACGAUCUUCGUGCGCCGAGGCACCGGGAUUCACUACGGCUACUGGCGAGAUGUACCGCAGGACAAGGAGAAUCUCUUGAUAGCCCGCAACGACUCCGCCAAGGGUUGUGCAUUUCAGUUCGUGGCUGGAAACGCCUUUGAUGCAUUUCUCUACUACCUGGAGCACGACUUCGUGGCUACCCCCUUCUCAGCCGGACAGCUGACCGGAGUCAAAAAAGCUGUGCCGAAGUACUUGAGCGACAAUUCGCUGGAACUGGCUCAGCUGGAUCGCCUGCAGCGGGAGCGCAACAAACGUGUGGUGGCCAAGACAUUCCACCGAGCCGGCAUUGUUGUGCCUUUCGAACGCAAGACGCAGCUGGGCUACCGCCCACUGGCCGUCAGCGACUCCGAGCUCAAGAAGAUGCUGGCCAUGCUGGAGCGAAAGGACUUGGAUGGCGGAGCUGCCAAGCAAGCUGUGCUGGCGAAGCUGCAGCCGGUGGCCAACGCCGCCACUAUAGCCGUGGACGAAUCGGAUUUCGGCAGCGCCCUGGAACUGGGCAUCGAUAUGUUCAGCAGUGGGCACAAGGAACUGCACAUGCUGGCCUCCUCGCUGCUGGUACCCGCGUAUUCGAUGCUUUCCCGGCCGCAGUUCAUUGCCAUCGCCAAGGCGCACAUGGAGCAGCGUCGUCGAGAGGUGAACCUCAGCAUGUUUGAAGUACUAAAGUAAUUCGUUUUUUAUUCCGCAACCGCAACAUUUUUACAAACAUUAAAACUAGGAAGAACACA